AUGGCCAUGGCCGUGGCGCCGGCACCUCCUCGCCUCCGCGUCCUCGACACGGCCCUCGUGCGGCCGUCCCCGAUCUUGUGCUACAGUAACCCGCGCGGCCCAAUCGGCCCGUGGGCCGUGACAGGCGGCAGGCUGCUAGCCCUGCAGGCUACAGUGCUGCCCGCACGGCGUGGCCUCGCCAUCGGCGUCACCGUGCACCACGCCGCUUGCGAUGGCUCGGGCUCAACACACUUCCUGCACACCUGGGCGGCCGCGUGCACCGGCGCCGGAGCGCCGCCCCCACCUCCCGUCAUCGACCGGACACUCCUCCCCGACCCAUGGGGCCUGUACGACAUCUUCUUCCAGGCGGCGCCCAGCACCGACGAGAUGGAGUUCGUCAAGAUGUCCGCCGACCAGCUCGUCGCCACGUUCACCCUGUCCAAGGACGACCUGAAGCGCGUCAAGGACAUCGUGGCCGAUGAGGCCAUGAGACGAGGCGUCGCGCCGCCGCGGUGCUCCUCUCUUGUUGCCACCCUUGGCUUCGUCUGGUCGUGCUACCUGCACGGAGCCAGAGAGAGCUGCGGCUCCGACGACGAGGGCUCGGUGACCUACAUUCUCUUCCCUGUCGAUCACCGCUCCCGGAUGAAGCCUCCCCUCCCGGAAAAGUACCUCGGCAACUGCGUCGGCCCAGCGUUCGGGGUGGCACCCAAGGCCGAGCUGGCGGCGGCAGGAGCAGCCGGGAUCUUCAGCGCGUGCGCCGCCGUCGCCUCCGCCAUUGACGAAGCUGUGCGCGGCAUCGGGACACCCAGCAUGGACGCGUGGCUGGACCGCAUCAAGGAGGCAAUGGCGAAAGGUAUAGGUAUCCUGUCCGUUGCCGGAUCGCCGAGGUUCCGCGUCUACGAGCUGGACUUCGGAUUCGGCCGGCCGGCGAAGGUGGACAUCGUGUCCGUGGCGAGGACAGGUGCGGUGGCGGUGGCGGUGGCGGAGAGCCGGAGCGGCGCCAGCGGGCUGGAGGUUGGCGUCUCUUUGCAGCCGGCUGGCAUGGAGAGGUACGGGAAGUGCUUCGCGGAUGGUAUCGCGUGGCUCCACACCAGUGAAGUUGAGAACGACUGAGAUGAGAUGUGUGGCUGCUGAAUUUGGUGUCGCGUGGAGGGCGACACGUACGCCGGCAAGCCAAUCUAAACCUGCAUGAACCGUCUUGUGCAAGAUCAAUAAUGUUGCAGCUAUAGUCACGUGUACACAACUGGUCUGUCUUUUUAUAUACAUUAUUACAUCAUUGUGAUUUCAUUUAGUGUGUUGUAACUUAAUAUUUAGCCCAA